AUGGACCCCUCACAAGUCAAGAUCCCCCCUAUGAAAGACCUCACGGUCGACAACAUCACCGAGAACGUCAUCCGGAUCAAUUCCCUCUGCGAAGAUGAGCGCAUGAAAUACGUCCUCGAGCGUCUGGUUACGCAUCUCCAUGACUUUGCCCGGGAGACCCGACUCAGCUCCCAGGAAUGGAUGACCGGACUCAACUUCUUGAAGGAGGUGGGCCAGAUCUCCUCUGAUGUACGACAGGAAUUCAUCCUCCUCUCCGACGUCCUCGGCCUCUCCAUCCUCGUCGACUCAAUCGACCACCCCAAACCCCCCGGCUCAACCGAAGGCACCGUCCUCGGCCCCUUCCACACCCACGAAGCCGAAGAGAUCACCCAGGGCGGCCUGAUGUCCCACGAUCCCAAAGGCGAGCCGCUCCUCGUCGUCUGCACCAUCAAAGACACAAACGGCCACCCGCUCGAGGGCGUCAAGAUCGAUAUCUGGGAGACCGACUCAACGGGCCACUACGACGUGCAGUAUCCCGGCCGCGAGGGGCCAGACGGGCGCUGCAUCAUGCGCAGCGACAAGGACGGCGUGUUCUGGUUCAAUGCUAUCACGCCCGUGCCGUAUCCGAUUCCGCACGAUGGGCCGGUGGGUAAGCUGUUGAAGAAGCUGCACCGGCAUCCGUAUCGCCCCUCGCAUAUGCAUUUCAUGUUCGAGAAGGACGGCUAUGAUCAUUUGAUCACGGCUCUUUACCUCCGAAACGACCCCUACGAGACCUCCGACGCUGUCUUCGGCGUCAAGGACUCCCUCGUCGUGGAUAUCGGCAAGGCGGGCCCCGAAUACGCAAAGAAGUAUAACGUGCCCGAAGACCACGCCCUGCUCACCUACGAUUUUGUUCUUGUCACCGAUCACGAAACCGCUGAUCUGCGCGCAAAGAACUCCAAGGAGGCGCUGGAUAAAUUGGGCCGGAAGGUUCGCAUCGUCAAUGGGUUACCGGUGCCGGACCUGGAUUGA